CGUGACGCGUAACCGAACUUCGCGUCGGACGCGACUCGGGUCUUCCUUCGUCUUUCAUAACUUAUGAUGAGCGUGCCAGCAGGGGGAUCUGCUGCUCAAAAAGCCAAACCUCCUGUCGUACAGCCUGGCACAGGUAAUAACAUUAUCAUAAAUCCUAACCAGCGCUUGAACCCCGUUCUCGAGUGCAUUCGUAAUGUCGGCAAAGAAUUUGGUGACAUUGUCCCAGACUUUCAAGUGGGGCGUACUACCUGUGUGCUCUUCCUCAGUCUGAAGUAUCACCGCCUCCACCCAGAGUACAUCCAUACUCGCAUAGAGAAACUCGGACAUGCCUAUAAUCUUAGGAUAUUGCUCAUCAUGUGCGACGUUAGCGAGCAUCAGGAACCAAUUCGCGAGCUUACCAAGGUCUGCCUCAUCAAUAAUGUCACCAUCAUCGUUGCAUGGAGCAUCGAAGAAGCCGGGCAGUACGUCUCUACAUUCAAGCAAUUUGAGCACAAGCCGCCGGAUCUCAUAAAGGAACGUGUGGAUAAGGACUACAAUGCGCUCCUCCGUACUGCGCUUACUAGCAUCAACAAGGUGAACAAAACGGACGUCGAGACGUUGCGCUCGUCGCUUGGGAGCUUCGCCGACAUAGCUCGCGCCCCAUCCGAUCGCCUGCAGACCUUGCCAGGCUGUGGCCCUGUGAAAGUCCGUCGCAUCAAAGAUGCCUUCGACAAACCAUUUCGAAAUCGAGCCACCAACGCUGUAUUUUCUGUGGGCUCGCAAGUCCCACAGAGUGCUAGUGACGAGGUCGUGUCCACAGUCAAUGGAGAGCAAUUCCCGGAGGUUGCAGGACCUGCUGCGUCAGGUUCGAAGGCGCUAUCGGACUCGGCACCUGCACAAAGCGGAGUUAAGGGCAAAGGAAAGGGAAAAGAACCAGCUCCCCGGCGCGCCCAGAGUCCAGUAUGGGACAUAGAACUCGACCUUAACAGUCCUUCGCCCGCCGCGUCUUCCGGGCCCCUACCUCCUCCACGUGAGCCAUCGCCAGUAUGGGAUAUCGAGCUCGACCUCAACGAUGAUGAUCUGUAUGCGGACGUGGAUCCACGGCUGGCUGCUAAGAAGGGGUUCGGGAAGGCUGGGGGCUCGCUGAGCGAUGAGUGAGGCACAUACGUUGUGAAAAAGUUGGGGUCAUACACUUGGUUUUAAUUAUCUGCACAUUCACUACGCAGACUAUAAUGGAUGAUCGACUCAUUAACAUGCCA